AUGUCGCGAACGAUUCCUUUCCAAAGUUGGAUGUCCCUAGGUACGGGGUACCAGUCCCUGCCCGAGCUUCCGGCCCUCCAGAAUGCAGUAGAUAUCACUGUUACCGAGGGUAAGCCAGGUCAGAGGGUUAUAUUCGAGCAUUUCAUAUGUCGCAGCAUGAGCCAAUUGGCGACUGCCUUGGAUAUAUCCGCAUUACUUGCUAUCAACAUCAAGCUCAGUGGAGCAAGCGUGUUAGGCGCUGGUGACUUCAUCAAAAAUAGGGAGGUGAGGAAGGAGCCUGUGGAAACAUUUUUAGAACAAUUUGAAAGAAUUAUUGCUGCUGACUAA